UGCUGAGUUUGUCCAUUGGUUUAGUCACCAAGGCCCGUCAAAUUUUUCUCUUGGAGCUACUGAAAGCACCUGUUGUUGGUAUGGCCUUUGGGAGUGGCAAGCAACUCUUAACUGAACGGAAACUUGCGGUCGCCCAUGCGAAGUAGCACAGCACACAACUUGUUGCUCAGAGCAAUAAAAAGAAAAUGGCCAGAGGAUCUGUGUCCGAGGAGGAGAUGGGGGAGCUCAGAGAAGCUUUCUCAAAAGUUGAUACUGAAGGCAACGGUUACAUCAGCUGCAAUGAGUUGAAUGACUUGUUCAAAGCUGCUUGCUUGCCUCUGCCUGGGUACCGAGUGAGGGAAAUCGUUGAGAAUCUGAUGGCCACCGGAGAGCUAAACAGUGGUGACAAGAUCAGCUUUGAUGAGUUUAUCUCGGUUUUCCACGGCCUAAAAAGCACCGAAGUUGCCAAAACCUUUAGAAAAGCCAUCAAUAAAAAAGAAGGAAUCUGUGCUAUUGGUGGAACUUCAGAACAAUCCAGUGUUGGGACACAGCAUUCCUAUUCAGAGGAAGAAAAGUAUGCCUUCGUUAACUGGAUAAACAAAGCACUGGAAAAUGAUCCUGAUUGUAAACAUGUUAUCCCAAUGAAUCCAGACACAGAUGACCUUUUCAAUGUCGUUGGGGAUGGGAUCGUCCUAUGUAAAAUGAUCAAUCUUUCAGUGGCAGACACAAUUGAUGAAAGGACCAUCAACAAAAAGAAACUCACCCCAUUCACCAUUCAGGAAAAUCUGAACUUGGCUUUGAACUCUGCGUCAGCCAUUGGGUGCCAUGUUGUUAACAUAGGCGCUGAGGAUUUAAAGGAGGGAAAACCCUACCUGGUCUUGGGACUUUUAUGGCAAGUGAUCAAAAUUGGGUUGUUUGCCGACAUUGAACUCAGCAGAAAUGAAGCUCUGAUCGCCCUUCUGAGGGAAGGGGAGAGUCUAGAGGACCUGAUGAAACUGUCCCCUGAGGAGCUGCUGCUGAGAUGGGCCAACUACCACCUGGAAAACUCUGGCUGUAAUAAAAUCAACAACUUCAGCACAGACAUCAAGCUGACUGACUUCUACAGCAUUCUAAAGGACUCGAAAGCAUAUUACCACCUGCUCGAGCAGGUGGCUCCAAAGGGAGAUGAAGAUGGUAUUCCCGCUAUUGCUAUUGACAUGACUGGACUAAGGGAGAAGGAUGACCUUCAGAGGGCUGAAUGUAUGCUACAGCAAGCAGAGAGGCUGGGCUGCAGGCAAUUUGUCACCGCCACGGAUGUCGUCCGGGGCAACCCCAAACUGAAUUUGGCUUUCAUCGCCAAUCUCUUCAACAGAUACCCUGCUCUGCAUAAACCAGAGAACCAGGACAUCGACUGGAGCGCUUUAGAAGGUGAGACCAGGGAGGAGCAGACAUUUAGGAACUGGAUGAACUCACUGGGUGUCACUCCACGGGUCAAUCAUUUGUACAGCGAUUUGUCAGAUGCUCUAGUCAUCUUCCAGCUUUAUGAAAAGAUUAAAGUACCCGUUGACUGGAACAGAGUGAAUAAACCACCGUAUCCCAAACUGGGUGGCAACAUGAAGAAGCUUGAGAACUGCAACUAUGCUGUGGAAUUAGGGAAGAAUCAAGCCAAGUUUUCUCUGGUCGGCAUUGCUGGGCAAGACCUCAAUGAAGGAAACCGCACGCUCACGCUGGCCUUGAUUUGGCAGCUAAUGAGAAGGUACACAUUGCAAAUCCUUGAAGAUAUUGGUGGUGGGCAGAAAGUCAAUGAUGACACUAUUGUCACCUGGGUAAAUGACACAUUGAAAGAAGCUGGGAAAACAUCUUCCAUCUCUAGUUUCAAGGACAAUAAGAUCAGUACGAGCAUGCCUGUCCUGGAUCUCAUUGACGCCAUUCAGCCAGGUUCCAUUAAAUAUGACCUCUUGAAAACAGAAGACCUGAAUGAUGAAGAGAAGCUCAAUAAUGCAAAAUACGCCAUCUCUAUGGCUCGAAAAAUCGGUGCAAGGGUUUAUGCCCUUCCGGAAGACCUGGUUGAAGUGAAGCCCAAAAUGGUUAUGACGGUCUUUGCUUGCCUUAUGGGAAAAGGAAUGAAGAAGGUAUAAGGCCAAAUAGGAUUGAACUUGGAGGCCAGAACACACAUUCCUGGGUGCCUUAAAACUGAGUCCUCUCCAAAAGAACCCAGGGAAGAAUGCAAACAGCUCACCAUCCCAAAGUUUCCUACAUUUAAAAACAGAUUCCAAACAUCAUAUAAUUGUUCAGCCAAAUAGCCUAUCCUGUACAUAAUAGAAAUGUGCUUCGUAUCUUUGCAAGAAAUCGUAGAAUCUGGAAUGCACAUAUUCACAAUCUUGAAUUGUUUUGCUUAUGAAUUUCCCGGCCCUACUUGCUUUCCCUCCAAUGUGAUUUAGAAGGUUGCAGAGAGGACAGUUUGAUGAUCCCAGAAUGGCAGUUUGUGUCUUUGGAUGAUGAGGGGGUUGAUAGGAAAAUUAAAAUUUUUUUAAGUUUGUCACUAGAAGUCUAUUGCCACUGAAAUAGCCUUCUCCUUACCACCAGGCUCCAGUCUCCCCCAGCAUCCUCUCCCACAGCUCCCUCACUGAAGCCCUCUCUGCCACUUCCCAGUGAUGUCUCCCUCCCCAUCAUUCCCCAUAAUUAUCCAGCCCUCCUGGAUCCCGCCUAUGGUGGAAGGAUCAAAUAUCUCAUACACUUGGAACUCCUCAGUUACACAGCAGAGGCCUACACAUCCAAGAUAACGCACUUUGCAAUCAGGUUUUGGCUGCAGCCACAAGCAAGAGUGUAAUAGUCAGGACUUCCAAACCUCUCUUCUCUGCAAAUUCAAUCUUUCAAAAGCCCCUCUACCUUGUAUAGGUAGUAGUAGUCAUAACAGUAUUGGCCAGGCUUGGAGACCUGGAGAAGAUGAGCCUCCCACAAGCCCUACUUCAGAAGCCCUUGGGCUAAAAAUAUCCAAUCAAAGUUAUUUAUUGAACACUGUGUGGAACCCUGUACCAGGUACGUGGGAGAGUCCAGUAGGGACAGAGAUCCGUGCUUCACAUCCAGUAUGGGUUGGCAAUCUUUAUCCUCAGGAGUUUCAGGUCUGGCCUGGAGCCACAUCUGGAAGGAUGGCCAGGGCUUCACUUCUGGCUUGUAUCCCAUUCCUCCCACCGUAAAGUUGGCUCCGGUCCCCUACAAAGACCUGAUCUCUGGAAUCUCUCCACUUAUCCCAUGUCCCAUUUAUACUCCCCAGCCUCUCUUCUCUUGAUGAACAAACCAAUAUUCUCCAGCCCAAUCCUCUCCACAGAAUCCAACUCCCUUCCCCCUCUCCCCCCCACCCCCCAAACUUCCUCUGCCAAACUCCUACCAUCAAGCCCCCAGCCUUAGAUCGCCUCCACAUUAAGUGUAUUCCCUCCAAUGUUUGUGUUGUGCAAUGCUGUUGGAGGAAAUCCAGGUAUCAGGCCAUCUUUGGCCACUACAAAUGAACCCUUCCCUUAUUGCUGUUAGCUUCACUGGUUCUUUAAAGUAAGGUACACUUGCUAGAAACACCAUCCAAGGACAGAAGGGGGCUGUUUCUUGCAAAUGCUCAGUGUGAUUCUCGCUGGUAUCUUCACUUUGGAUAUUAUGCUUGCUUCUGGUGAGAUGUGGGAAGCCGUCCUUUCCCUCCGCUGCUAGGAUCUACAGUGUUUCGGGCUGCCACUUAGUUCGUGUUACUAGCAGUGUUCAAGAACACCUCUAGCAUCCCUGAUGCAAGGGGCCAAGAUGACCUGUCCAUCCUACUAAUUAGGUGGCGGAGCCUGCAGUGUAAGCACAGCACUCAUAUACCCCAGUCCAGUCAUUCUCCACCCCCUCAAAAUCCAGGUGAUUUACCAAAUAGUUGGACAAUCAGAAAACAAAGCCAUGUAGCUUUGAGGAGCCGUAAUCAGGUAGGAAAAGCCACUUCCAAACAGGUAAUGAAGUUAAUGAGCUUGUAGGAACUUUCCUUUAAUUGAUUAGAUCCUUGUUCUAAGAAAUGGACAGAUAUCUAGUCAUUGGCCAGGGGUCAGUUAGAUAACUCUGCUGCUGAUCACAAUAAUCCAUCAUUCCAAAAAUAUUGUCUCUAAAUGCAGAGGGUUGAAUUUUGCCUUAGUCUGAACUUGUCAUCAUAUAGCUUCAGAUCAUUCUUCCUCUUCUCUCAUCUCCCGUGAUGAAUCAUAUAGUUGCCUUAAUAAAAAAAAUAUAAAUUCUGCUAGAGAGCUCUAUAAAUAAAGUAUUUCCUGAA